UUACAGGGGAAGCGGUUAAGGUAGUAUUGUGAACAAAAGUGGAAUUCAUACGUAACUGGGAAUGUUACAUAAGGGCACUUUAGUGUAGGUCUGGCUGUGCAGAGUUUUAGUGAUCACAGACAGAUAAGAACCCGGUACAAGCACUCAGAGAGGCAGGUUACGAAGAUAGAAAGAGGACGAAAAGAAGCACAUUUAAGAGUGACUGAGGCACUUAGCUGGGGGUUCAGGAGGGACUGUCUUUUGGAGAGAGCCUCCUGAGAGAUUCUAGCCUUUGGAUUCAGAUGUUGGUGAGGAUUUAAGCUGAAAACCAGAGGAAAUCAAGAGGAGACAAAACCAAAACAUUUCUGGCCGGCAGAUAAGGACACAAGGAAGAGAUGAGGAAAGAGUGACCGGGAUUUAUAUGCAGCGUUUGUGGGCCUGACAAUUGGGCAGGAAGAGGUUUGCAUACAGCUGGAAUUUAUGGUGUACAAAAGCAAGUCAGCCGUGUGUAUCUGACAAAAGGACCAAAAGCCUGCUGAGAGAGGUGCUCCCGGAAGAGCCACUACACUUGCCUCGCUUGUGUCAUUUUGCGGUUGAAUUUUGCUUUCUGCUUUGUGAUUUACUCAAGUAAACUUUGUUUUGUAAACUGUUCAUCAUGUCAGAGAUGUCCUACAGUGAGGCCAUUCAAAAGGCCAGCGCUUCCAUCACACGCUUCCCUCUCAUACCGGUCAGAGGAGUUCCUCUUAUGAACUACAUCGCCAACAACUGGGACUCCAUCUGGGCUUUCCGUCCUGACCCCUCAGACCUCCUCGUCGCCACCUACCCCAAAGCAGGGACCACGUGGACCCAGGAGAUAAUUGACCUGCUUCUUCACAACGGAGAUGCUGAGAUCUGCAAACGAGCCCCCACACCUGUCCGCAGUCCUUUCCUAGAGAUCUGCUCCCCUCCUCCCAUCCCCUCAGGACUUGAUCUGCUGAAAAAAAUGGAUCCCCCAAGAGUUAUCAAGACUCAUCUUCCUUUUCAGUUAGUGCCUCCUGGAUUCUGGGAAAACAAGUGCAAGGCUAUCUAUGUGGCACGCAAUGCCAAAGACAAUCUGGUGAGCUACUACCACUUUGACAAUAUGAAUCUGACCCAACCUGAACCAGGGCCCUCAUGGGAGGGUGGCUAUCACAUCCAGUCACAUAAUGAAUUGUCAUGGGGCUCGUGGUAUGACCAUGUGAAAGGAUACUGGGUGGAGAGAGAGAAGAGGAACAUCCUUUAUCUCUUCUAUGAGGACAUGAAAGAGAAUCCUCGGCGUGAAAUCGAGCGCAUCAUGAGGUACAUGGACUUGUCGGUCUCUGAUGAGGUCAUCGAUCGAAUUGUAGAGCUCACGUCCUUCAAGAACAUGAAGGAGAACCCGAUGGCCAACUACUCCUGCGUCCCAGCACCUGUUUUUGAUCAGUCCAUCUCUCCCUUCAUGAGAAAAGGUGAGGUCGGUGAUUGGACAAACCAUUUCACACCUGAGCAGUCAAAGAUGUUUGACGAAGAUUACGAAAAGCAAAUGAAGGACGUCAACAUACCAUUCAGGACCCUCAUCUAAUGGAUUUGUUUGUUGAUGCAGCUUUGCAAACCAAAGACCAAUGAACUAACACUGUGCGGCACUCAAAAGGCAAAAAUACUGUGAGGAAAUCUGACACUAGCUAAAAACCAAAACAAAGAAUGAUGAUGUGUGGAUGUUAAGCACUGUAAUCACUGAACCCUGUGAUGUGUAGAUACACAGGGAAGUCAUGCCAAUGUACGUGUAAAGGCUCAAUAAAAACGUGCUCCACACUACAAGUA